AUGUCGCAAUUACGGCGACCUUCUGAUCGCAGUGCUCAUUCCAAGAGCAAGCGGACCUUGAGCACCUUGACAAGCACACGAAGUAUAAGAACGAUAUCCGACAUCACACCUGCACCAGCACCAGCUAUGUAUUGGUCAAGAGCAGUGACUUACGGCCAUGGUCCCCGUCCCAUUCGUGCACACACAAGCGUGCCUGUAAAUGGGACCAUGUAUGUAUUUGGUGGCACUGAUAGCCGAGGUGGAUUUGGCAAGCUCUAUGCACUUGAUCUAGAUACAUUUACAUGGAACAAACCAAAGACAUAUGGAGAAACGCCACCACCUUGUCGAGCACACAGCGCCGUGGUGCAUGAGGAUUGCAUUUACAUCUUUGGUGGAGGAGAUGGUCCACACUAUUACAAUCACUUGUACAAGUUCGACACAGCAUCAUUGAUUUGGUCAUGUCCAACGACAUCAGGUCCUUGUCCAUCACCUCGUCGAGCUCAUGUAUCGGUUGUUUGGCGUGGUCACAUGUAUAUUUUUGGUGGUGGCGAUGGCAUCCAUGCACUCAAUGACACAUACAGCUAUGACAUUCAAAACAAAACAUGGCAAUUGAUUGAAACAACGGGACCAAAACCAGAACCAAGAGGAUACCAUAGCGGCACGCUGGUCGGUGAGAAGCUAGUGGUUUAUGGUGGAAGUGAUGGUCAUACCUGUUUUGGGGAUGUCUAUCUUUUGGAUCUACCCUCCAAUGCUUGGCAUCGCGUCAAACUUGAUCCUCAGGUCCCUCGUCUCUCUCAUGCUCCCGUUUGUGUUGGGUCGUAUCUCUUUGUCACUGGUGGACAUGACGGCUCACAUUAUUGCAAUGAUUUGCUUAUGCUCAAUUUCGUUACAAUGGCAUGGGAAAUUCGCCGGGUAUAUGGGAACGCCCCAACUGCACGAGGCUAUCACACCAUGGUUUUAUAUGACAGCAGGCUGUUCAUCUUUGGUGGUUAUGAUGGCAAGCACUUUUUCGAUGAUGUCUUUGUUCUUGAUCUCAGCUCCCACGCUUAUCUUCCUCAGGUCACCAACUUUGCUAUAGAAAUGUUAUAG